CAUUCCUGAAAUUUGACGUACCAGUCGCCAGCCAAACGAAUACAAAGCUGUAUGAUGAGUCGGGAACUGAAGUUGUUGGAGAAGUGUUUGAGGAGGUGCUGACACCACCAAGUCCUGGUGUUUUUACAAUCACACUGGACAACGAUACUGAUACUGGUGUUGGUUUUUCACAGUACUAAAGUUAGAGGAGGGUUUAACUGUCAGCCUCUCCCUUGGGGAUAGUCACUUUGCAUAGAGCUGUGUUGCUUUAUCACAUUGAUUUGGAAUGUCUGUCUUUGUAAAAACCUUUGCAAUAAUCAACCACUUUGUGGGACAGUAUCUUCCCAGAUGACUUCCUCCUUUGCCAGUUCCUUGUUGGAGAUCUCGUCCACUGAGUCGGAUGAUACUGUCAUUCUGAGCGAUGAUGGGAGCCCUUCAAGAAAACGACAGAGAGCUGAGGAUGAAGCUAAACAUGUAUGUUUCUGAGUGUAAUGUAAUGAGCCUCUGUUUAGAAUAAUUAAUUGCUAACCUCUCUUUCUCUUAACUAAUGUUCUGUAUAUUAGCUUACCCCCCUGAUAGUUGGGAGCUGUAAUCCAGUGCAUACGUUUUUACCUGCAGUGUCCGAUAAGAGCGGGUAAGGGAGGUUCUAGAUUGUCCUUGAUCAUUUUCUUUUCAUUGUUAAUCCAUAACAUACUGAAGAAGAAAUUUGGUGGCGAUCUUGUCAUCAAAGAAAACUCUCGAACCAAAGGGCUGACUCAUGGCACCAGACGAAAGAUGAUUAAUAUUCUCACAGCAGAGAUGACCGAGACUCAC